AUGAAGGCUAUCCGACGGUCCUUGAAGGGGAGAAAGAACCCAAACACCACCACCACAACCACAACCACCAUCACCACAUCUCCAUCACCCCCAAGUCAGCCCUUGCGAUUCUACCUCCCAAGAAGGCUUGCAAUCCCCCUCAUCCCUGACGCCCGCGGCCUCGUCCCCGUCUCCUUCUUCGAAGUCAUCGGCAAAAACGAAAGGGAUAGUGGGGGCUCCUCCGAUCUGCAGAAAAACGACCAUCACGACUCGGGAUUCUCCGAUCGCACUCCCGUCCCCGAUUCUUCUCCUGCCAAAUUCGCCCCCUUCAGAAUGUCCGCCCUCGGCAAAGGCCAGGGCGCCAUGGUCUACGGCAUCGUUCAGUAUGAUUUCCAGGCCGAGCGCCCCGACGAGCUGGACGCUCGCGCCGGCGAAGCCAUUAUCGUCAUCGCUCAAUCCAAUCCUGAAUGGUUUGUCGCCAAACCCAUCGGCCGUCUCGGUGGCCCCGGUCUGAUUCCCGUCUCUUUUAUUGAACUGCGCGACAUGCAAUCUGGCCAGGCUGUCACCGAUCCCCUCGAGGCUGUGCGACGCGCCGGUGUUCCCAAGGUUGAGGAGUGGAAGAAGAUGACCGCCGAAUAUAAGAACAGCAGCAUCACCCUGGGGAAGAUCGAAGCGGGCGGAGGUGGUGGUGCUGGUGGCGGCGGUGUUGUGGCCGUCACCACCGGUAUGGAUCAGAUGGCUAUGGGCCAGCAAGGCCAUAUGAGUCAAAAUGGUGACCCCUACGGAUAUCACCAGCGCAACGCUAGCAAAGGAACUCUCACAUCACAAGGCCCCAUGUCCAUGUCUCAGCAAGGACCCCAGCAACCCUACCAGCCACCCCUUCUCGCGCCAGUUGCGGCCUCAAUCCCCCGAUACUGCUUCGACAACGACAAGUACUGGUACAUCAUUGAGGCCAAGAUGGAAGACGGUCGAUGCUGGGAAUUGUCACGCUACUAUCACGACUUUUACGACUUCCAGAUCGCGCUGCUAACGCAGUUCGAAGACGAAGCCGGCAACCGAGGACGCCCACGCACACUCCCCUUCAUGCCGGGCCCCGUCACCCACGUCACAGAUGCUAUCUCCAACGGCCGUCGCCAAAACCUCGACGAGUAUAUCAAGAAGCUCAUCUCCAUGCCCCCACAUAUCGCCCGCUGCCAACUCGUCCGCCAGCUCUUCGGGCCGCGCCAAGGCGAUUUCGAAAUUGACCCGAGCGCCUUUGGUGAAGAGGCCCGCUACUCUGGCGACUCCCAUCACUCCUCCUCUGGCGUGGAUCCCUCGCAAAGCGUUUCGCGACAGUCAUCCCAAGUCCCAAUGAACUCGUCGCAAGACCGCGUCUCUCAGCAGCGUGCGCCGGGCCCUGCAUCUCUCUCUAAUGGUGGUCCACCGGCCAUGAACCGCCAGCCCAGUUCCCUCACCCAGGCCUCGGGAACGUCUAAUUCGAGCGCGAUGAAGGUGAAGGUCUUUUUCCAGGAUGACUUGAUUGCCAUUCGGAUUCCCUCGGGCGUUACCUUGCAGCAUUUGAAAGAUAAGCUUUCGGACCGUCUGAAGAUUCAGGAGGAUAUCAUCGUGCAGUACCGCGAUGAGAGUUCUGGGACAUAUGUCGAUCUGAUAUCGGAUGCGGACCUGGAGAAUGCCAUGCAGCGCAACACCAAGUUGACCCUCUUUGUGAGCAUCGCAUGA